AUGUCACCAUCACCACCACCAACUACAUCAAGAUCAUCAGCAACAGAGGGUGCGCUUUCUGUGUGGGACACCAGCUCGGAUAAAGACAGAAUACUGGAGCAGAUUAAGUACAUUCCGAUUUCGUUUAAACAGUCUACGUCCCUUCAACACAGACCUAGAGUGAUUUUAGUCUCGAAUUCCCCAGAGUCUUGGGGGAAGAAGAGGGGAAAUGUUAGUUUUAUGGAGGACGAAUGUCUGGUCCAAAAUUGUGUUCUGGUUGGUGGCGAAUACAAGAAGAAGGUUGAUGUUGUAAUAUUCCACACCAGUUUAGCCGACAUUGAUGACUAUGCCACAAAUAUAGACGAAGAUACGGUGAAGAUCCUCUUUGUCCUGGAAAGUCCAUACGUAUCAGACAAUUAUUCUAAAAACGAAGGCUAUAUAAACUGGACAGCAACAUACAGGCGAGAUUCUACAAUAGUUGCCCCCUAUGAAAAGUUUGAUCUCUUCCCAAACUCUAGUCAGGUCGUCAAUCUGAAGAAACAUUACCCGAAAAAUUUCGCUUCUGGCAAAACCAAAAUGGCUGCCAUAUUUAUCUCCAACUGUCGUGGUGCGAAUCGUCGGAUGGAUAUUGUGCAGGAACUUCAGAAGUAUAUCACUGUGGAUGUGUAUGGUCAGUGUGGUAACUUGGAAUGCCCUCGAACUAGCUCGGAAGAAUGUUUCAAGUUAUUGAAUGAAGACUAUAAAUUUUAUUUGGCAUUCGAGAACGCCAACUGUCGUGAUUAUAUCACGGAAAAGUUCUUCGUUAAUGGCUUACGAAACGACGUUAUUCCGGUUGUAAUGGGAGCGCAUCCGGACGAUUACCGAAAGGUGUCGCCACCACACUCGUACAUUCACGUGGAGGACUUUCCAACCAUCCGGGCUUUGGCCGAGUAUAUGAAAGAGCUCGAUCAGAAUGACAACAAAUACAAUGAGUAUUUUCAGUGGAAAGGGACGGGCAGCUUCAUCGAUACUAAAUUCUUUUGCAGGAUUUGCUCCUUAGUCAAUGACGAUAAUAAGCCAAGGUUAGUUGUGGAUAAUUUGGAAGAGUGGUGGCACUCUAAAGACGUGUGUAGACCCGGCCCUUGGUUAGUCACGCAUUAGACGACCGUAGUCGAUCAGAUUGAAGUCCGAUCUUACCGUCCAUUCCGCACGUCAGGUCCGCCUUAGUCAAUCGGAUAUGAACUGAUGUCAUUUUGUGUACAGCGUUCUACCAGAGAGUUACACAGUACAUUAUGUAACAGAAAACAAAUAGAAAAGAAGUAGAAAAUUAAUUUAAUUUUAUUAUAAAUUGUUCGCUGUAUGAGAAUUUAAGAACUAUGUGUAUUCCAAGAAGGUAUUACAUUACCAGAACCUUUUAUAUAUUUACUAACUUAAUGGCAAUAAGGAAUCAACCAUUUGACACGUGUAUACGUCCACUGAAGGUUCAAACUCGUCUGUCUUAGGCACAUUCUCCGAAUUUCCCGGCGGAUGUGUCCAAAACAGGUAGGACAGUCACUGUUAUCGCAUGUGUGAUAUUGCUCCUUGGAUACAAUUGUGUGGUUAUUUAUAGCCUGCAAGAAUACAUUCCGUUAUACAGAAUCAA